AUGAUUUCAUCGACAUCAUCUCCAUUAACACCUUUAUUUCGAGAAAAUGUUAUGCAUCUAGUUUAUUUGUUCUUCGGUUUUAGUCUUCUUAUGCUUGUAUGUGGUUUUCUUGAACGUAUCUGUUGGACAACUGCUACGAAACGACAGACAUCUCGCAUGAGUGUUUUACUCUUUCAAUCACUUAUUCAACGUAACAUGACUUACUUCGAUACAAACCAAACUACUCAAUACAAUUCGAAACUUUUUACUAAUAUUGAAAAGAUCAAAAAUGGAAUAGGUUUUGAAUUCGUAAUGGUAAUUGCACUUAUUACAGGUAUGAUUUUCAGUAUAAUCAUAUGUUUUAUUCUUAAUUGGAAACUGUCUUUAAUUAUGUCUUGUAUAAUUCCAAUUGUUGUCGGUAUUUCAUUGAUGUUUGCUAAGUUCGUGGCUAAAGAAACACAAGAACAAUUAAGUACGUAUUCGAAAGCUGGACAAAUCGCUCAAGAAGUAUUUAGUUCAUUAAGAACGGUUCUUUCAUUCAAUGGAAGCAAAUUGGAACAAAAACAAUAUGACAAAGAAUUACAAAUAAAUGAAUGGUGUACUGUUCGCAAAGAUGCUGCAUAUGGUGUUUUAUUUGCUCAAGGUGCAGCAGUAUCCGUCUUUCGACUUAUUGAUGAAGUACAUGAUGAAAAUCUGAAUGAAAAAGAAAUAUUGGAAGAGAAUAUAUCUGAUGAAAACUCGAUUUCUGAUAUCAAUGGUGAUAUUGAAUUUGACAAUGUUAGUUUUUCUUAUCCAUCAAGAGAAAAUGCAACAGCUUUGAAUAAUCUUAAGUUAACUGCUCGUGCUAAUCAAACAACUGCUCUUGUAGGUUCAAGUGGCUGUGGAAAAAGUACAUGUGUAUCACUUCUUCUUCGUUACUACGAACCUUCUUCAGGCAGAAUUAUGAUUGGUGGUCAAUCACUUACAGAUUAUAAAAUCAAACCAUUUCGACAACAUAUUGGAGUUGUUAGUCAAGAACCUAUUUUGUUUGGAAUAAGUAUUUAUGAGAAUAUUCGUUUUGGUAAAUUAAAUGCAACACGUGAAGAGAUUGAAAAUGCAGCAGAACAAGCUAAUGCACAUAAAUUCAUUAUGAAAUUACCAAAUAAAUAUGAGACACUUGUUGGUGAACGUGGUAUACAAUUGAGCGGUGGUGAAAAACAACGGAUUGCAUUGGCUCGUGCACUUGUCAAACAACCCAGCAUUCUUUUGUUAGAUGAAGCAACUAGUGCACUUGAUAAUGUUAGUGAAAGAGUUGUUCAAGAAGCACUUGAUCGAGCAUGCAAAAAUCGUACAACAAUAGUUAUUGCUCAUCGUUUAACUACGAUUAAAAAUGCUGAUUAUAUCUAUGUAUUAGAUGAAGGAAGUGUAAUUGAAGAAGGUACACAUGAAACAUUAUUGGCAAAAGAUGGAGGGAGAUAUCAAACAAUGGUUAAAAUGCAACAAUCUGAAAAUACGUUUCAUAGACAAGAGAGUCUGAUGCAAAUGGAAAAAGCAGCAGCUGAAGAUGAAGAACAAUUAUUGGCACGUGUUCGUCUAUUGAGUGAGAGCGAAGCAAUUGAUAUAAAUCGGUAUGUCGCUUUUGGAAUUGCAGGAGCGAAAUUGGUUAGUCGCCUUCGUUCAAAAGCUUUUGCAUGUUUACUUCGUCAAGAAGUAGCUUAUUUUGAUCGACCUGAAAAUAGUUCCGGAGCUAUAUGUACUCAACUCUCUUCUAAUGCAGCUGCUAUUCAAGACAUGGCUGGUGCAAGAUUAGGUUUUAUUUGCGAAACUUUAUCCUUAUGUUUUUUUGGCUUCGUACUUGGCAUUUUUUACAGCUUAGAGUUGACAAUAAUCAUAGCUAUUCCUUUCUUUAUCAUACUGAUCGCUGCUAUUAUGCAGAUACGUUUGAGUUCAUGGUUAAAAACACAAUCUGAUCUCAUUUACUCUGAAGCUAGCACGCUUGCUGUUGAAGUUAUUACCAAUAUGCGCACAGUAAAACAGUUAUCAAUGGAAAAUGAGGUUUUACGACAAUAUUCGGAUAUGAUUGAUCAAGUAUUAGGAAUGUCUUGGAAACCUGACGCAGUUUUUGCAACAGUAUCUGCAUUAUACUGGGCGAUGGAUUCAUUCGCUUUGGGACUUUUGUAUUGGCGUGCUUUGGUUCUUGUUGAAAACAAUGAACUAGACAUGAACGAUGUUGUUAUGAUUUCUGCUUUUGGAAUGUUCGCAAUAGAAGCACUAAAAGUUGUUGGGAUGUUAGGAGAACGUAUUGGUUCAUCAUUUGCUGCUGCUCACGCUUUUUUUGAUCUAUUUGAUCGAAUACCAACUAUUGAUAAUGGAUCUACUAAAGGCCAAGAAUUAACUGAUUUUCGGGGAGAAACAGAAUUUAAUCAAGUUAAAUUUAUUUAUCCAAGUCGUCCAACAGUUCUUGUUCUUAAUAAACUGCAAUUGUCUAUUAAAUCAGGUCAACGUAUAGCUCUUGUUGGUGCAUCUGGAUGUGGAAAAUCAACAAUUGUUCAAUUAUUAGAACGAUUUUAUGAUGUUACAAAUGGACAAUUAGCUGUUGAUGGUGUUGAUAUUCGAAAAUUAAAUAUUCAAUGGCUUCGUUCUUGUUUGGGCGUUGUUAGUCAAGAACCUGUUUUAUUUGAUUUAACAAUUGCUGAAAAUAUCUCAUAUGGAUUAGAAAAUAUACCAAUGGAUGAGAUUGUUCUUGCUGCAACUAAAGCUAAUAUUCAUGAAUUUAUUCAACAAUUACCUCAAGGUUAUGACACAAAAGUUGGAGUAAAAGGUAGUUUUUUAUCAGGUGGUGAAAAACAACGUAUUGCUAUUGCUCGAGUUCUUAUUCGUCGACCUAAAAUAUUAUUAUUAGAUGAAGCUACAAGUGCUAUGGAUCCAUACAAUGAACGAAUAGUACAAGAAACUCUUGAUCAAGCUCAAACAGACGAUUCUAGUCGAACAUCAAUUAUUAUUGCACAUCGUCUUUCAACAAUACGUUCAUGUGAUUUAAUAUAUGUACUUGAAAUGGGUCGUAUAGUCGAAAGUGGUACUCAUAUAGAACUAAUACAAAAAGGUGGAAUUUAUUAUAAAAUGUUAAAUGCACAAAACAACGUACAAUAA